AUGAUUUAAUAAUAAGAUUAAGAUUAUGAAUAUAGCUAAAAGGGAGAACCAUAUAGUUAGAGUUAUUAGAAAUAAGGAAACUAAUAUAUUUAACAAUAAUAAAUAUCAUUAUAAUAGUAACAAUAGUAAUAGAAAAUAAAUAAAUAAAAUGCUUCUUAAAAUGAAAGGAUAUAGCAAAAUUCGAUAGAAGAUAUAAAUUAAUUCAAGUAAAAGGCUUAAUUGUAAUUGCAGGUGCCUAAUUAAUAAUUUUAAUUUUAAGCAUAAGCAAUUGAUGAAUAGUAGAAUCAGAAAUCUGAUGAUGAAGAAAAUUUUAAAUUAGGGCAUUAACUUAUCUACUAAUAUAAAAAGCAGCUUUAAGCAUUUUUGGAUCAGAUUAGUAAUACAGCUAAUGAAGAAUAAUAUAAAUAAAUCAUAGAUUUGUCGUUGAAAUUAAGCUUUGAAUUUCAAUGUUUAGGAAAUAUAUAAUAUAGAAAAUAAAAGUAUAAAGAAGCAGAAAAUUUUUUUUUUGAGGGUCUAAGGUAUACUUAUCCAGUUAAAAUUAUGGAAGAGCCUAUAAAUGGCCCUAAUGGAGAAAAACUUUCAAGAAAGGAAAAUAAUAUUAUUGAAUGGUAUUUAUAGCGUAUAAGCAUAGCCAAUUCUUUAUAUGUAGUUUUUAAAAAGAGAAAGAAAGUUGGAAAGAUUAUUGAAACUAUAAAAUUAGUAUUAAGUGAAUGCGAGUCAUGCUGCCACAAAACGAAAUUAUAAGAGCAUCCUCAAAGCAACAUCGAAAAUCUGUAUUAUUAUUUAGCUGAAUAUACACAUAUGUUUUCUUCUUCGCAAAUAAAUUAAAAGAAUUCUUAAUUAUUUGUAAAUGGUUAAAUUUCAUUGACUAAUAUUGCAUAAAUUCAGCAGAAUAGCUUGCUUUAAUAAAAAUAAGACAUUGAAGAGACAAUGAAAUAUGCUAAAUAAUGCAUGAAUAUAAUCAUUACCAAAUAUAAAAAUGUUUAAAAUAAAAAAUUUGGAGACAAAUUUAUAAUAGAUAAGCUUAGCUUGUCUUAUUUAGAAAAAAAAUAAAUUAUGCUAAUUCACAUCAUUCAUCUAAUUGGUAGAGCGUUGUAAUAAGGAGAAUUUUUUGUAGAGAGUUUAUCAUUUUACAAAUAAGCAUAUUUUCUAGCAAGAUCUUAUAUGAAAAAGAGAGGUAUUGAUCCUGGUGAUGGGAAUUAAAAAUUAUUGAAUUCAUAUAAAGAUAGAAUAAAUUAAGUAGUUAAAAUAAUUCAAAAUGACAUUGAUGAAAAUAUGGCUUCCGAAUAGCUUGAUAAAAUAUUUAAAGAAGAUUUGGAAAUAGCUGAAAUUGGAAGUGAUGACCCUUCAAAGUAAUAGAAAACUCUUUCCCUAAAUUUUGAUGCUAUUUAAUCUUAUUUGUAAACUAGUGAAGUAAAUGAAAUUUUUGAAGGUUUUGCACCAACACACGCUAAGUAAAAAUAGCAACAACCUGAUGAUGAUAAUGAAGAAAACUAGAACUUGUUUAGUGAUGAAACUCUUGUUGAAAGCUAAAUAUUAUUUUUCACAGACUUUUUUUAGAAAACUUAGCAUACAGAUAAAUCUAAAAAAAGCAGCAAUAAACUAACUACAAAAGAAGAUUAGAAAUAAAAUUUAGGAUAAAAAAAUCAGUAACUGUAAGGAGCUAAAACCCAAAAAAUAAAUAGGAAAGAGUAGGACAAUAAAAAUCAAAAAACCAGAAACCCUUCAUUUAAUAUCCCAACAAAGGAAAGCUUAAUUCAAGAGAGAAUUAAAUCAGCUUAAAUGCCAAAUAUUUAAAAUAAUGCCUUUUAAUUUAACAAUAAUUAAAAAUAAAAUUUUGCUUCAAGAUAAUUAAGUAGAUAAAGAUCAUCAAAGAUAUUUGGAUAAAUUGAUUAAGAAAAUGAAGUUACUUUACGUAUUUUAGAAUAAAGGAGUUUAAAAAGAUUUUAAGGGACAAAAAAUAUUGAUAGCUUAGUGAAUAAACUCUAAGCUAAUUACAAUAAUUUUCUUGAGCAUAAGAAAGAAUUAAGCUAAUUUUUACCUUAAUCUUCCUAUUUUGAGUCUGUUUAAGAUUAAUAAUUAUUUAGCAGAAACAAUGAAAAAAAUUAAUUGUUUAAUGGUUAGCAGCCUGAAACAUAAAAUUUAGAAGAUUAUGAUAAAAUGAAUAAUUAAUUCAAUGAUUUUAAAAGUAAUUAAAAUAGUUUAUCUAUUUAAGACUAAUAUUUCAAAAGUCCAAAAAAUUUAAAUUUUAACUUCCUCAAUAAAUAACAAUCUAUGUAAAAUAGCUUUUAAGCUGCAACUAUUAAGAAGCAUAAACGCCCACUUACUUCUAACACUUAGUUAAGUACUUACAGACCACAAAGCUCAACAAAAAACUUACUUUUAAAGCUAAAUUAAGAAGAUUACAAUUUAGUAGAUAAUUUAGAUUACGGUAAUACUAGUGGCUAAUCAAGUAAUAAGAACAUUAACAUACCAAAAACAAAUACUCCAAAAUCUCCAAGCUACCUAGUCAAUAGCUUGUACAAAUAUGAAUUAUUAGUAAGACCAUAAGAAAGUAAGCAGAACUCGAGCACAUAAAAGAAAGGAUUUUAAAUAAAAAAAUCAUAAUAUUAAAUAAAAAUAAAUACAAAUAAUGAUUAAAUUAAUACAAAUAAUAGUUAUUAUACUAUUGAUGAAUAGGGAGAUGAAAACUAGAAAUUAGCAAAUAAGCAUCCCUUAAAGCAUCCACAAAUACGUGUUAAUAGUUUACAUGUUUAAAACCCACAAAUAAAAAUAAUACCUUAAAAUUAAAUAUAAAGAUAACGCCCUUAGACAUCUUUAACAAAAUUACAAUAAGUUUAAAGCAGAAGCAACUAAAAAAAUACUUCAGAAUAAAUUUCCAGUUCAUAAAUUAUCUAUUCUCCUGAUACAUUAACGGGAUAAAAAAAGCCUUCUAUUUAAAUACAAUUUUCUAAAUAGUAGUAAUAGUAGCAAGUAACGUCAAGUAAUGAAUAAAAAUAUACAGAAGAUCAAUAAAAGUAGUAGAGCCCUCCUUUAAAACACAAAAAUUCAUUUGAAAUUUUCGAUGAUGAUGGAACUUACAAUUUCAUUUAGGGUUUUGAUUUUGAGAAGGUUAUCUCCUAAAAAUUUGAGAGAUUAAUGGCUGAAGAAGCUGAGAGGAAUCAAAAAGAUAAAGAAAAUUCUUUAUAAAAAUUAGAAUUUGUAGGACCUGAUAAUAAGAAUAUGACUUAAAAUUAACCUUCUUUAUAGAAUGAUGAUGAUUUGUUUAGCGAUGAAGGUGAUCGUGAAGGUGGGAUAUAGGAAGAUAAAUAACAGUAAGAAAAUUAAAAUAAUAAUAACAAAGAUAAUCAAAAUAACAACUUGCUACUGGAUCCAUAAAAUGAAAAAGCUCUCAAUGAGUAAGAAAAGCUAACAAGAGAGAAGGAAGAACUUUUUUUAUUUAAGCAAUUCAAAUUCAGGGAAACUAAAAGGAUUUAAGAAAUCAAUUCGUUAUUCCAAAAAGUAAAACAGUGCAAAGAUAGAUAUUUAGCAUUUUACUCAAGGUUUAAUAACUCUGAGGUUUGUAUUUGGAAGUUAGAAAAAUUCAAAAUAAAAUUUAAAGUUAUAGAAUCCAAUAAAAAUGGAUUUACAAGUUAGUAAAAUUUUAGUUUAAAAAAUAAUGAAUCAUUAUACAAACUUACCUUAACUAUGGAUAUUGAGAGCAUGUAUUAUACAGGAAAGCUUGUUUUUACCAUUUAGAACAACGAAAUUGAAUUUUUAGAAAACUUUUUAUUUGAGACAAAUAUUGUUACGAGAUGGGGAAUAGCAGAUUUUAUAUUGAAUUACUACUUUAACUUACCUAAAAAUAGCAAUUUGUAAAAAAAUUGGAAAUAAUUCUAUCAGAGCUUAGAUGAAGGAUAUUAGUAAAUCAUAAUUAGCUUUGACAACACAAUUGGAAGAUAUUAAGGUGAAUUUUAGCAACAAGAAAAUAGUGAAUUAAUAAAUAUUGGGCUCAAACUAUCUUUUUUAAUAAGUUAGUCUCUUUUAUUAAUAAAAACUCCUACAGGUAAUAAAUUAAGGUUUAUUUCACAAUAAGAAAAUUCGUCAUCUAGAAAUACUUUGAAUUACAUUCCCUAAAUAGAAUAAACCCACUUACAUUAGCAAAAUGAGUUAAAUCAAGAGGAAAAUAAUGAUUAUUAAAAAAAUUAUUAUUAUCUGAAAGAGUUUUUAAAAAUAAGAAGACAAAUUGUUAGGAAAACAAUAAUCAAUUUAGAAACGCUGUCUCCUUAAAUAUUUAUAAGAUUCGGAGUCUAAAAAAAAAUAAAAUAAAAUUUUUCACCUAAACCUUCACCAAAUAAUUCAGCUGAUUAGCUUAUAGAUCUAUAAGAAUACUCAAAAAUGUUGCAAUACUAAAGAAUGUAUGAUUAUGUUGAGGAGUACAAAAAAUAUUUGAGCGAUAAUUUAGCUGUUUUUGAAAGGAAUUUAUUUAUGAAUGAAGAUAUAGUAAAUAAAGGAUUGCAACUGUAGACAUCUCAUAUGCAGAAACAGCUCGAAAUGUUUAGUUAGUAGAGAAGUAGAUAAAAAAGUAGUAUCCCAAAUUUAAAUGCCCUAAAGCCUUAGCAAUCCACUAGAGGCCAGCUUGGAUUUUAACCUUCAAAUACUAACUUUAAUACCAUGCUUAAUAGUUAUAAUAUGGUUCUUAGUCUAAAUCCUCAUAUAAACGCUCAAAGAUUAUCGUCAUAACAAUAAUAAUCCCCACAUUCAAAUAAUUCUAUUGAAAAAGUGUAAAGGUAUUAACAAUCAAGAAAUAAUUCUAUUGCUCAAUUACCUGAAAUAUAUCCUGCAAAAUACUCUGGAGAAUUAGAAUACCAAGAAGAUAUACAUUCACCAUCUGAUAAUUUAAAUAUUUCUAUAGAUUCAUAAUAAAGUAUUAUUAGAAACAUUUAAGCUCCUCCUUCAGGAAGUAAUUCUAACUCUCAUGAAAGAUAAAAUAUGAGUAGAUAAGAAUCAUUUAAGAAAGCAGAGAAAGAAAACAGUAGAAUUGAAUAUAAGUCAUCACAGGAAGAAGAUUAAUAAACAAAUUAAAUGUUAUAAAUGAAUUAGGCAUAAAAUCCUACAAUUGAGAGAUUUUUCCAAAGAAAUCUUAAUAAAAAAUCUACUUUUUCAAUGAUAAAAAGAAAUGAGUAAAAUGAUAAAGAUGUCUCAGAUAAUAAAAGUUAAAGUGAAGCAAAACCACAGGAAGAAAUUCUUGAUGAUAGUGUAGAGCUAUAAAGAAAUGUCAGUUUAUAGAUAAAUAAUUAUAAAGAGAAUGAUGAUACACCUUCAGGUAGAUAAAAAUCUCAACUCAAUGAAUUUGCUUCAAAUUACAAUAAAGACAGCGAAUAUAUAGAUAAGCUAUCAUCCAGCUAAGAAAUAACAAGUUUUGAAGAUAAAUAUAGAAGGCUAACUCAUACAAAACCUUCUGAUAUUAUUGAGCUCUUUAAGUAAGAUAUGAACUUAAGUAUUAGUUCAAAAAGUAGUAUAGUUGAUUCUCUAGAUGAAGAAAAAUAGUUUAAUGACUAAGAAGAGUUAAGUAGUAUUCCUAUGAUUAAAUAAAAAGUUACAAGAAGAAGAAAUUUGAAUUCUAAGAAUUCUUAAGAUUUAACUUAGUCUCUUACUAUUAUGUAUACAAAUUAAAUGGCAGGUUUAGACUAAAAAAAUUAAGGUAGUAUAGAUCAAAGAUUGUUUUCUAAAUAAAAUCUAAAUGACUAUGAAAAAAUGAUUUAAUCUGAUAUUUAUCCAGAAGAGGCUGGUACGGCGGAAAUAAAUUAAAGUAAAAUGAUGGCUUAGAUUCAAUAACUGUAAUAAUAAUAAUAAUAAAAUUAAGAAACUUCUUUAGAAAGAGCCCAAAAAGAUAUGUCAAAAAACAGAUCAGAUGAUUAAAAAGAAUUGGAGGAAGAUGACCUGAAAAAUUUCUCACAGGAUGGUUAUAUUUUACCUUUCUAAGGCGAGUAGGCUUCUAGAAUAAGAGAAGACUCAAAAAAUUUAUAACAUACAAGUGAAAAUACAAAUUCAACAUAGAACGAAUAAGUAUAAUCUUAAGUAGCUACAAAGAUUCCCAUUUCUCAAUAAACAAAUGGAAUUGAGGAAUUAAUUAAAUAAAAAGUAGACUAAUUUAGGAACAUAUUGUAGAGAUAACUCAAAAUUAGAUUUUGUAACCCUCAAAAAUAUAUUGAGUAUUUUGAAGAAAAUAAAAAUAUUGCCUAAAUUGCUAUUCCUAAUAUUUUUAUAAAUGCUUUUAGACAAAAGGAUGUUCUUUUAUGUGGUAUCAUGAGAUUAAAUAGCAUGAGUAUGGAAGAGUACAAUCGUAGGAAAGAAGGGAUAGUUGAAAAUGGUUAGAUAAGCACUUAAAAAUUAAUUCAACAUAUUGAAGACAAUGAAGAAAAUUCUUUUAAUUUUAACAAAUUCCAAAACUAAAAUACUAAAAUUAUUUAAGAUCAAAGUGAAAAAGAUAACUUUUUUGUAACAAUUUAGAUUAGUUAUACUGUUAAUGCAAAAGAUGAGUGGGAUGUAGAAAAAUUAAAGAAUGAUGUUUAAAUUCAUGUAGAAGCAGUUUAAAUUCAAACUAAUUUUGCUUAUCAUCCAACCUAGAGAUAUUCUUCCUAAUUUUCCUUUUAUGAAUUCAUAGAAACACUUUUUGCAGAAGACAACGACCUUCAAAUUUAAGAGUACUAUGAUACCAUUUAAAGACUACUUAAAAAUAUAUCUUAAGAUAAAAAUGACGAUUUCAGUUCAAAUAAUGAAAAUUAAAAUUAAUUUUAAGAGGAUAGUAUCUUGAAUGAAGAAAACUAUGGAUUAAAUAUGGAGACUUUACAAUAUGAAGGAUUAAAUCCAUAUACAGAUUUUAAUAUAAAGUUUUAAAAAGCAGUGUGCAAACAUUUAUUUAAGCUAAAUAAAUUUAUUUAUAACAUUGGCUUUAAUAAAUUGUAAAAAAAGAUUUUAUUAGAGCGCUUAAAUAGCUAAAUGAUAACUGUAGAAAAAUAACUAAAAUUGAUUCCAAGAAAAAUAAAAAAAUAUAGAAUUUUAAAUGAGAAGUUGUAUUUUGUAGAUGAAUAAAGCUAUUAGCUUUUAGUUUAAAAAGAGCUAGAAUAAAAAAUUUUAUUUUAACAGCAAGUAGCUGCUUAGUUUAAAAAGCUUACUCUAAAUUCUCCCACUAAUAUAAAUAUUUCAUCUAUUUAACAAUUUAACACCAAAUUGACAUUUUACCAAACAUAAUUGAAAAAAAAAAUUACCAAAAAUGAAAAUGAAGAACAAAAUUAAGAUGAAAAUUAAGAAAAACAAAACGAAGUAAACGAAUAAGAGAAAAAGAAAAACAAUGAAGUAAAUGAAUUAAAAGCUCAAAUUUCAAAUGCAAAACUAUCUCCAAACAAUUCCAUAGACUUUGAUGAAAAUGAGCUGUAAAAGAGGAACUAGUAUUUUAUUGAGAUAAUUUAAGACAUCAUAUUAUCCGAAAAGAUUUUUCAUUUAUUCUAAAUCCUUUCCAGAGAACAUCCAGUGUAACUUGAAUAUUAACAAGUAUUGACAAAAUAGUAAUUUGAGGAGAAACAGCAGCUUUUAAUUUAAUAAUAAUAGAUUUAAUUAUAGUAAUAACAAAAUUAGUAGGCUUUACAAUAAUAGUAAUAAUAAGAUUAAGAAAAUUAUGACAAUUCCAGAAGUUAAAUUAGAAUAUCUAGUUUUGAUACAAAUUUUAGAAGAGAAAGCCUUUUAGAAAAAUCAUAAAAUAUGAAAAGUCCGGUAAAUAAACUAACUUCAAGUGUUUCGUAAGAAGUAGGAUUAUAGAGUAAAAAGAGUAGAAAACCCAGUAUCAGUACAUAAAAAGUAGCCUACUAAUUUAAGAAAUAGAUUAGAGGUGAUCCAAGGAAUAAAGUAUUCGAAAUUUAUAAUGAAGAAAGAGAAAGAAAUUACAAAGAUGGGAGAAUCAAUCAUCCUUACGCUAUGACUUACUAUAAUUCUAUUCUGCGAAUAGUCAAUAAAGAUAAGAAUAAUUAUAGUUAAAAUUAAACUUAGAAAAAACAUUAUGAAGAAAGAAAUAGUUCUGAGCAACGAGAAUCAUUUAGAAGAGAAGAAGACUUUAGAAUCAUAGAUAUUUACUUUUCAAAUAAAGAUGGGUUCAGAAAGAAAAUUAAGGUGGAUUAUUUACUUGACAUACAAGGUGAUCUUAUUGCAAACAUAAGCUUUUAUGACCCUCUUUCCUAUCGAGUAGAAACAGUUAGAGUUAAGGAAAAGAAAAAUUUAGAGAAGCUUCAAAACUUGCUUUAAGUAGAUAACUACCUUCUAAGAAACUAAAGACUGAGAGAAAUUCUCAUAAAAAUGAAUUUAAAAUGGAAUAAAAAAAUUAUUGGAAGAAAAUUAGAGUUCAGGAGUUUUAUUGAAACAAAUGAAGAAUUUUUUAAUUAUAAGCUAAAUAGGAAAAUGAAUCCAAACGACGAGGCCCUUUAUAAAUUAAUGACAACUAGAAAUUAUUUAGAUGAAAAUAAAGAAUAAUUCACUAAUUUUCUUUACAAAGUUAAAUUAGCGUUGAUUUCUAACGAUUAAAAUGCAGAAACAGCUGAAUAAAAUUACUUUUUUAAUACAUACUUUUACAGUACACGUGUCCAGCAGUUUUAAAACAUCACAAAUCUUGGUCGAGCUCUAAUAUAAACUACUGUCUACUAGAGUAAAUUGCUCUACACAUCAGAUAAUUAUAUUUUCAUUAGAAUUGAUAUUGCACCUGCUGCUAAGCGUACUAAGUUGAUUAAAAUGAUCCUUGAUUAUAAUGAUAUCAUUACUAUUUUCUCAAAGACCAAAUACAACCAAAAAAAUUGUCUUGACCCAGAAUCAAUCACUAAAAUGAUUAUGGAGUUUGCUACAAAAGUCAAUUACUCUCAUACUUAAAAUUAUAAUGCUUUGAAAAUACCAUUUUGGAAAUAAUUUAAUUAGAUAUCUGAAUCUAGUGAUUAUGAUCUAGUGAACCAAUUUGAUUUCAACUCUAUGAAUACAAAGUAAGAGAUUAGCUUUUUGAGUAAAAAAUCUAUGUUGACACCUGUUUUGAGAACUCACAAAAUUAUUUACUAAGGAAUAAAGAAAAUUAAAGGAGAGUUUUUAGUUAUAACAGUGAAACGUUAUAUAUACUUAAACAUAGAUUGGUUUUAGCUAAUCAUAUACAUCCCUAAGACAUGCAGAAGAUUUAUCUGCUUUUUAAUGGAAUAGGACAUGCUAAAGUUUGAUUCAGAUUUCAUGGAAUCAGUUAUACCUUUAGUUAUUGUUAAAUUUGAGAACAACAUAAAUGAACUAAAAUAAUAUAAGAACUACUUUUAAUUCUGCAAAGCCUUUGAUUAAAUGCAUAAAAAGCUAUUAAUUCAAGAAAUGAAUGAAAAUACAAGAAAAAACGAUAAAAAAAUAACCUACAAAUCAGAGAAUUGGUUCAAAAACUCUUCUCAAGUUAUAAAGUCAUAAAGUCAUCUUCAUUCUAAAAAUAAAUUGAGCUAGUUUUAAAUCAGUAGGACAGAUUUUCAUAUCUAUGACAAGAAUAUUACAAAUUAAAGCUUGUAAUCAAUAGAGUCUAUUAAAGAUUUAAAUGAAUAAUCAAUCAACUCCUCACAACUCAGAUUUUAUAUGAAUUAAGCACAUGUCAGCAAAUAUUCUACUUAAAAAAUUAAUUUUGUCAAGUAUUUCUAAAAGAAUCUAACUGAAUAGACAUCAUAUUUAGAAAAAAAAGUAUGGGAACAUUUGAUUUCUGCAAUUGUAAUUGAAGAAAAUCAAUAGCAUAAACUUGUUUUAAAGAUUAACACUUUUAACGGAAUUUUAAGAGAAACUCUAAGCAGUAUUGUCAUAAAUAUGAACGAAAGAGACAAUAUUCUUUAUGAAUUCUACAUCGAGGAAUACAAAAGGAAAACUUUGAAUAGCAUUUUUUCGAAAUCUACACCUCUUAUGCUCAAUGACUCAUUUACUCAAAACCUGUAUAUUAGACUUCACUUUUUUGGGUAAGACAUAGUCCAUAAUUAAAAAGUUUGUGGUAGACAUAUGCUUUAUAGUUUCCAUAAAUAGUCAAGAAGCAAAUUGAAAAAUACAAAUAUCAAUAGAGAAUAACUUAAUAAUUAAAGUUAAUAAAAAAUUAAUUUAAGUCAAACUCAAAUAGGUAGUGGAGAUAGUAAUCCAAAAAUACCUAGCUUAUCUAAAAUUUCCAAUAAUUAAUAACAAACCUCAAAGUAAACAUUAAAAUAAAGAACUAGUAUCUUAGAUAAAAAAGGGGGAUCAGUAUAAAUUAUGCUAAACAGCUAAAAGAAAAACUUUGAAAAAAAAAGAACUUCUUUUGCAGCUAUUCAAAAAAUGAAAUAAGAAUAGAUUGCUGCAGAAGAUAAUCCAUUUCUUUACAGCUUUAAGCUCAACAAUAUGUAAGAUAUGGCAAUCUUUUAUGCAAACAAAAUAAAAGCAAAUUAUAAUAAAUUUGUUAAAGAAAGAGAAAAAAAAUAACUUAAAGGAAAAAUUUAAGAUUAUUUAUCACUUUACAAGAGCAAGUCAUUAGAAAAAGAUGUCUAUUGCAAGGCUAUUUUGAAAGCAAACAAUAACUUUAAAAGAAGUAAAGAAAUAGAUCCUUAGUAAAUAAAAUAUUUUAUCAUUUAUAGAAGAAUUCUAACAGUUUCUCCAAGAUAGAUGGUGACAAUUUUCUAUAAACCAAAUAAAGAAACAUUUUACAUUUAUUGCUGGAAUAAUAUCAACUCAAAAGACAUUAUUCUUAAAAAGAAAUUAAAGGAAGUUGAGAAAUAUAUUCCUCAUUGUACCUAUUUUUUAAAAUCUAAACUAUACAAAGAUUUAGGAGAUAGAAUUUUCUUAUGCUUUAAGAACUAACUAUUACUACAAACUUAUAAUCAUUUAAAGAUAGAUUUAGAUUGA